AUCUGUCACAGCAGCUCUAAUAUGGAAUAGGUGGAAAAUAAGUAAUAAAAACUAUCUUCUAAAAUGUUCUUAUAAAAUAUAGUCAUUGUCAUUCUGUUUCCAUAGCAGAAAUUCAUGCUCUUAGUUUCCUAAGGGGAAAACAAUACUAGGUCAGUUAGUUGAUAAUAUGUAUAUUUCUAUGACUUGGGGGACAUGAACUGUUUUGCUGAUUUAUUUAUCUUUUCUCUCUUUCAGGAAGGCUGUUAAGCUGUCAAUACGCAGCUGAACAGCAUGCAGUCCUUUUGGGAGCAGAGCAGUUACCAUGGAAACCAACAGAAUUACCCACAGGAAGUACAUGGUGCAUCUCGGCUGGAGGAAUUUAGCACUCGCCAGCAAGCUCAGAUGUUUCAGAGCUUUGGAGGAGGUGGCAGCACUAGUGGACGGCGCGAAGCAACAGGAAACUCUGCAUCUAUGGGUAGUGAAAGCUCUGGACAUCAGAGUUAUCAAGGUUUCAGAAAAGAAGCAGGAGAAUUCUAUUACAUGGCUUCCAGCAAGGAUCCUGCAGCAGGAGGAGGACAACAGCUUCCUCAGCGUAGGCCUUCUGGACCAGUACAGAGUUAUGGACCACCCCAAGGCAGCAGCUUUGGGAGUCAGUAUGGAAGUGAAAGUCACGUGAACCAGUUUCAAACACAACACUCGUCACUUAGUGGAGUAACACAUUAUCAGCAGGACUAUACUGGUCCUUUCUCCCCUGGCACUGCUCAGUACCAGCAGCCGGCAUCUAGCCAACAACAGCAACAAGUGCAGCAAAUGAGGCAGCAGCUUUAUCAAUCUCAUCAGCCUUUACCACAGGCCUCUAACCAAUCUGCCUCUAACACACCUCAUUUGCAGUCAAUUCAACGCCCUUCAAAUCUGCCUUCAUCUACUUCUACCUAUCCAUUAAGAAUAGGUCAGUAUAGUCAGCACUAUCAGCCUCCUGUUUCUUCCUCUUCUUCAUUUCCUUCUCCUCAACGGUUUGCUCAAUCUGGACAGAACUAUGAUGGUAAUUAUACUGUGAAUGCUGGUUCACAGUAUGAAGGACAUGCUGUUGGUUCAAGUGCACAAGCUUAUGGGACUCAGUCAAACUACAGCUUUCAGACACAGUCAAUGAAAAACUUUGAGCAGUCAAAGUUGACCCAAGGGAGUCAACAGGCACAAGGACAGGGACAACAGUCACAACAACAACAACAACAACAACAGACUCCUCCACAACAUGUAAUGCAGUAUUCAAACACUGCUUCGAAACUGUCUCUUCAAAGUCAAGUGGGGCAGUACAAUCAAGCUGAGGUCCCUGUAAGAUCACCCAUGCAGUUCCAUCAGAAUUUUAGUCCUAUAUCUAACCCGUCACCAGCUGCCUCUGUGGUUCAGUCUCCAAGCUGCAGUUCCACACCAUCUCCUCUCAUGCCAAGUAGUGAGAAUCUUCAAUGUGGACAAAGCAACAUUCCAGUAGCAUCUAGAAACCGCAUUUUACAAAUGAUGCCUCAACUUAGUCCAACACCAUCCAUGAUGCCAAGCCCCAGUGCUCAGGGUGCAGGAUUCAAAGGAUUUGGGCUUGAAGGCUUGCAAGAAAAAAGACUUACAGAUCCAGGACUAAGCAGUUUAAGUGCCCUGAGUAGUCAAGUAGCUAAUCUUCCCAAUACAGUUCAGCACAUGUUACUCUCAGAUGCUUUGGUGCCUCAGAAGAAAAACUCAAAAAAAUCAUCAAAAAAAACAGAGAGCUGCACAAACUCAGAAGGUUCCUCUCAAGCAGAAGAACAGCUUAAGUCUCCACUAGCAGAGUCCAUUGAUGGUGGCUGUUCCAGUAGUUCAGAAGAUCAAGGAGAAAGGGUGAGACAACUGAGUGGUCAGAGCACCAGUUCUGACACCACUUACAAGGGGGGUAAUUUAGAGAAAUCUCAGUCAUCACCAGCACCACCAUCUCAAAAUGAACCUGCAAAAAUCACUACCAGUUCUGCAGUUGAGGAAGAAGUGGCCUCCCCUCCUGAUGGAAAAGAAGCCUUAAUUUCUGUGGAGGUCCCCCCAAAGAUCAAAGAAAAGACAGUUGGUGUGAUAGUCUCCAGAGAAGCUAUGUCAGGAAGAGUGGAAAAAUCAAGUGGACAGGAUAAAUCCCAACAAGAUGAUGCUUCUACAAGUGCUCAAGCAUUGCCUUCUGCCUCUACAUUGAAAGAGACUAAUCUUGUAGGAGCUCAGCAAGAGUCACAAGGUGGAAAUAAAGGAAGCAGAACUGGGGACAGCAACACUAAUCAUAAUGAAGAUGGAAACAACCCACCUGGUCAUGCUGCUAUUGGCUCUAGUUUUACAAGCAGAACAGAGCCUUCUAAAUCCCCUGGCAGUUUGAGGUACAGCUUCAAAGAUAGUAUUGGGGUUAAUAUGCAAAGAACUUCUGGUACCUUUUCACAGUAUCCUUCAGGUCAGGAUAAAGGGGAGUUUUCAGUGCAUAGUGAGCGAAAGGGCAGGAAUGAAAAAUUUCCCAGUCUCUUGCAGGAAGUUCUGCAAGGCUAUCACCAUCAUCCUGACAGGAGAUAUUCUAGAAAUGCCCAAGAUCAGCAUGGAAUCAGUGGAAGUUUAGAAAGUAGCAUGAGACCCAAUGUUCUGGUUAAUCAAACAAAUGAACUAAGUAACAGAGGCCUUCUAAAUAAAAGUAUUGGAUCUCUUAUGGAAGGUUCACACUGGGGACACUGGGAUAGAAAAUUAAGUGGCAGUACAGCUGAGAUGAAACAGAUAAAUUUGGUAGAUUAUCCUAUACCUAGAAAGUUUGACUUGGAGUCUACAGCUCAUGAAGCUGGAGGAGUCUCUGAGAGAAGAUCAGUUAUUUGUGAUAUAUCACCUUUGAGGCAGAUUGCUAGAGAUUCUGGGCCACAUUCUGGAGGACAUAUAAGUACUGAUGGCAGGAGUGGAAGAAGUGACCGUUUGACUUCUGGUUUAAAUCAGUCAGUCAUCCUCCCUGGUGGCCUCGUAGCCAUAGAAGCCAAGCUAAAGUCUCACAGUGGGCAGAUUAAGGAGGAGGAUUUUGAACCUAAGACCUCUGCCAACAUCAACAACAAAAAAUCGGGAGAUCAUUGUCACCAUGCCAGUUUUAAGCAUGAAACCUACCGAGGGAAUGCUAGCCCUGGGGCUGCAACACUUGAUUCUGCAUCAGACUACCUGCUACAACAGGAUAGCCGAACAACACAGAUGAGACGAGGACCUAACAGAAUAGGAAGCAGCCGGGAAGGAAUGAGAGGUAAAUCUCCCUCUCAAUUUCAUGAUCUGGCAGAUAAGUUAAAGAUGUCACCAGGAAGAAACAGAGGUCCAGGGACAGAUCUUCACCAGAUGAAUCCACAUAUGGUGCUUUCUGACAGGGUCAAUCGGAGUUCCUUACAUACUUCUUUCUCUUCAAAUUCUGAAAGUUCAUCUUUGGCUUCAGCAUAUCAUGGUAAUUCCCGAUCCCACGUUUAUGGUGAUCCUAAUCAAGGAUUGAAUUCCCAGUAUCACUAUAAAAGACAGCUAUACCAUCAACAACAAGAGGAUUAUAAAGAUUGGAGUAGCAGCUCUGCUCAGGGUGUGAUUGCUGCAGCUCAGCAUAGGCAGGAAACGGCUAGAAAGAGCCCAAGACAGCAACAAUUCUUAGACAGAGUAAGGAAUCCUUUAAAAAAUGACAAGGAUGGAAUGAUAUAUCUCCAUUCUGGUUCUUACCAUGACGUGGGGUGCCAAGAAACCAGCCGUUGUUUGUUGGGAGGUGAAAGCACACUUCAGAAUAAAUGCGUGGAAAUUAAACACAUGAAUCAAAAGAUUCAGCAACAUGAAUCAGGCUGGGAUCUUUCCCGUCAGUUAACCCCUGGAAAGAACAGUGGCUCUCUAGGGACAACAAGUCAGAAAAGAUUUAUUUCACAAAAUAGUGAUACACAUAGGCGUGAUGAUGUUGGUGAUGUACUUAAAUCUGCCAAUGCCAUGGUAAGAAUUCCUGGCCAAGAAGAUCAAUCUCCUCAAAAUCCUUUAAUAAUGAGAAGGCGAGUCCGCUCAUUCAUUUCUCCUAUUCCAAGCAAGAGGCAGUUGCAGGAAAUGAAAACCAGUGGGAUUGAUGAGAAAGGCCGCAUACUCCCUUCAUCAAAGGAUGGAGUUGAUAAAACUCUCAAUUCUUAUGCCCAUUCUUCUCAAAACCAAGAUGUUGGCAGAUCAUUCUCAAAAGGAGAAUCAUCUAAGAAUCUUCCAAGUCCUGAUAAUAGAAACUGUUCUGGUGUUUCCAUCACAAGCCCAGCUAAAACAAAAAUUCUUCCCCCACGAAAGGGUCGUGGACUAAAGUUGGAAGCUAUUGUUCAAAAAAUCACCUCUCCCAAUGUUAGAAGAAGUGCAUCUUCAAAUUGUGCUGAGGCUGGUGCAGAUACAGUCACUCUUGAUGACAUUCUGUCUCUGAAGAGUGGCCGCCCAGACAGUGGGAAUGUGGCCAAUCAUGAAAUAGGAGAAGAAAAUAUAAAAGUAGAAGUGUUAGAUCGAGAAAAUCAAGUACUGACCAAUGAAAUUUCUCGGACAAUAUCUUCUGAAGAUUGGCGUGAUGAUGGAGAUGAGAUUGUGAAAAAAGAAGUUUCUGAACAUGUCCCUGUUGGCAAGGACGGUUCAGUGCCUAUCUUGAUUCCAGCAUCUUCCCAGAAAUCUGUUGGGCAAGUAAGAAUAGAUGGAUCUGGAAAUUUUUCUGAAUCAAAAUCAAUUCCGCCAACCAAUAUUUUGGCUCCUGAAACAAGUGUAAAACCAGAAGAAAAAGAUGGAAGUAUCAUUAUGACACUCAAGUCAGAUCCCUUUCCUCCAAAGGGAUAUUUCCCUUCUGGUAAGAAGAAGGGAAGACCUAUCGGUAGUGUAAACAAACAAAAGAAGCAGCAACAAUUACCGCUUCCUUUAGUGCCAGAAGCAGUGCAGCUAUCAGAGGAGACAGUAGACAGUGAACCAAAACCUAAGAGACAGCGAAGGGAGAGGAGGAAAACUGCAGCACAACCACGAAAGCGGAAACCAAGACGAGCUGCUCCCAUUGUAGAGCCUCAAGAACCAGAAAUCAAACUAAAAUAUGCCAUUCAGUCUCUUGAUAAAACUGAUACUAGGAAUAAAUCUUUUUUCCCUUACAUUCAUGUAGUAAACAAAUGCGAGCUGGGUGCUGUAUGCACAAUAAUUAAUGCAGAAGAAGAAGAGCAGAAUAAAUUGAUGAGGGGUCGAAAAGGACAGAGGUCAUCAACGCCACCUCCUAGCAAUGUGGAGAGUAAAGUACUGCCUAGUUCCUCUUUUAUGCUACAAGGUCCUGUUGUAACAGACUCAUCUGUUAUGGGCCACCUUGUCUGUUGCCUUUGUGGCAAAUGGGCCAGCUACCGCAACAUGGGUGAUCUCUUUGGGCCUUUCUAUCCGCAAGAUUAUGCAGCCACACUGCCUAAGAACCCCCCUCCUAAGAAGUCCACAGAGAUGCAAAACAAGAUCAAAGUACGACAUAAAAGUCUGUCUAAUGGUUCCAAGACUGACACAGAGGAAGAAGAGGAGCAAGAGCAAAAAGAACAGAGAAGCCUGGCUGCCCACCCACGUUUUAAAAGACGACAUCGCUCUGAGGACUGUGCUGGGGCUUCUCGGUCACUUUCAAGAGGCCCUGCUUGUAAAAAAGCAACCACUGAGGGUGGCAGUGUUGCUGAAAAUACUUCUUCAGACUCUAAACCUCCCAUACCUACUUCUGAAGGUGGUCCUGAGUUGGAGCUACAAAUUCCUGAACUACCUCUUGAUAGUAAUGAAUUUUGGGUCCACGAGGGCUGUAUUCUCUGGGCCAAUGGGAUUUACCUAGUCUGUGGCAGGCUUUAUGGGCUGCAAGAAGCUGUGGAAAUAGCUAAAGAGAUGAAAUGUUCUCAUUGCCAGGAACCAGGAGCCACCUUAGGCUGCUACAACAAAGGCUGCUCCUUCCGGUAUCAUUAUCCAUGUGCCAUUGAUGCAGAUUGUUUACUAAAUGAAGAUAAUUUCUCAGUGAGGUGCCCCAAGCACAAGCCUCCCCUCCCUUGCUCUCUUCCCCCCUUGCAGAACAAGAUGGUGAAAGGCAGCUUCAGCACAGAGCAGUCGGAGCGGGGUUGAGGGGGGAAAUAUAUUCGUGGGAAUGAAAAUAAAGGCAAGCACAGGUGAGUGGAGGAAAAGUCACUGAGUUGCCCCCUCCUACUUUCUCUCCAGUUUAAGGGAGAAAUAGAUGUUUAUCUUAACUUUCAGUUUAUUUCUUUAGGGGGCUGGUCUUAUGGAAUCAUUUCAUAACUAACUAAUAGUCAUAUUUAUUAGUGCGGGACAAAAGUGAAGCGACUUUGCUUCAGUAUCCUAAACAAUUUGCCUUAUUUAUUUUUGUCUGUUAACACAAAUAAUUUUUUGUCAUAUAGCUAUUUGAAAAAUAAAUUGUAGAUUUGAGAAAACAUCAAGUCAUCUGCUUUUCUAAUUGACAGAAAACAAAGCAGUUCAACAAGAUUGUUCAUGCAGUUCAACAAUACUUGAGUUAUAGAAAGGUAACUCAGCUAACUGUUGAUAACUGGAUAUUUAGGAAGCAGCCUUUGCAAUAUAUCAAUCUUAAGUCACAGUUUUACGUUCUGGACUUGAAUCCUUGUCAAGUGGAAGAAAAAGGCUGAUGAAAACCACCCAGAAUCUAAGUUUUUGCUGAAUUUUUCUGCCCCCUUCAAAGAGAUCUAUUACUAUUAAAAGCUCUGUAGAAACAACUCCUGAAAAGAGAAGGGUGGACAGGGCUCCUGAUAUUACUUUUACUUAAUUUUUUAUUUUAAUAAAUAUUAAUGUCACAUGAUUAGAAUUUGAAUAAUAACAAUUGGGAUUAUAUAAUUGCAACAAAUAUAUCUGUCCCAAGAGUUUGUCUUUAUUUAGUAAAGACUUGGAAUAAAGGCAUACAAUCAUCUUUCACAAUGACAUUUGAUUUAGCUUAGUUAACCCAGAAGCUGUAUUUUUUAUGGAUACUUUAGUACUGACUUCUUACUCUUUUUUGUCCACGCAAUAGCAAAAAUGUAGCUUCCUCCCAGUUAAAUCAUCACUGAAGAUAAUGUAAAGUCUUCUUGGCAAGCCUCUUCUUUCUUCAGUAAAAGAAUCAUUACAAUAGGCUGCCAUCUGCAACUACUGUCUCCAGUUGGGAAGUUCUUAGUCUUCUUACCUGUGAUUUCUUUCCUUAGCCCAGCUGUAGAAAAACUGAAAACGAAAGUGUUUUACCUGGGCAGAGCCCAGAAAUGCAAAAGCUGCAUCAAUCCUGAAACACAAGAGUUGGCUAUGUGACUUCGCAAUAUUGCAUGUGCAAAAAUAUUUUAAUUAAAUAUUUUCUUCUAAAAUG